UUCAGAAGACUGCAUAUAUAAGGGGCUGGCUGUAGCUGCGGCGGAAGGAGCUGACCAGCCAGCUGAGUCUCCACACUCACCUAGCCACCAUGGACAUCGCCAUCCACCACCCUUGGAUCCGCCGCUCCUUCUUUCCUCUUCACUCUCCCAGCCGCCUCUUUGACCAGUUCUUUGGUGAGCACCUGCUGGAGUCUGAUCUCUUCCCAGCUUCUACUUCCCUGAGCCCCUUCUACCUUCGGCUGCCUUCAUUUCUGCGGGCACCCAGCUGGAUUGACACUGGGCUCUCAGAGAUGCGUCUGGAGAAGGACAGAUUCUCUGUCAACCUGGAUGUGAAGCACUUCUCCCCAGAGGAACUCAAGGUCAAGGUGCUGGGAGAUGUGAUUGAGGUGCAUGGCAAACAUGAAGAGCGCCAGGAUGAACAUGGCUUCAUCUCCCGGGAGUUCCACCGCAAAUACCGGAUCCCAGCUGAUGUGGACCCUCUCACCAUUACUUCAUCCCUGUCAUCUGAUGGCAUCCUCACUGUGAAUGGACCAAGGAAACAGGCCUCCGGCCCUGAGCGCACCAUUCCCAUCACCCGUGAAGAGAAACCUGCUGUCACUGCAGCCCCCAAGAAGUAGCUGCCCUUUCUCUAACUGCAUUUUUUAAAACAAGAAAAUUUCCCCACCAGUAAAUGAAAAUCUUGUGACUAGUGCUGAAGCUUAUUAAUGCUAAUAAUAAGCAGGCCCAAAUUUGGCAGGCCCAAAUUAUUAAGCUAAUAAAUAUCAUUCAGCAACAGAUAA